UUGUUGCAAAACAGUCUGCUUUGUUGAUAAAAAAUAACUCUGUAUGUGCAAAUACCAGCUACUUCCACGGUUACCAAGCACGGAGACCAUCUCAUUGGAAUCACAUAGAAGGCUUAGAUUAAUUUGAUCUAAGAUAGAAGGCUUCAACAUGGCAUCAGUGGUGUUAGAGGGUGAGAACCUAGGAGAAAGGCAUCGUCACUUCAACAGCUUAGUGAAAAAGGCCAUUGCCGAUCAAACUGUGUUGGAACCCAUCAACUAUGACGACCCAGACGUCGACAACCUUUUUAAGAUUGACGUCGCCAGCACUACCAGAAAUGUGGAGUACGUACUACAGGUCCUGACAUCCGAAGACAUGCUGUACGUAUCUAGGGCAAUCAAAAAAUGCACUUGGCUCAUAACCGAUGACCAGUACGCUCACAUCAUCAACCCUAAAUACCUGAAAGAUGAACUUUUCCCAAAAAUGACCUCUAAGGGUAAGAGCAAAUUGAUUCUCGCCAUAAGACUCCAUCUACGGGACCCAGCACGCGUUGAAGCGUUCUACGAAUUCUACGCUGACGACUUGCAAAUAGCUCAAAAAUGGCUCCCAUACUGCUCUCCAGAAUUCAUAGAAAACAUCGUUUCGAAGCACGCACGCGAAAUUAAAUCUCAAACGUUAAAACGCCUGUGUGAAAUUUCCUUCAAGUACUUCAAAAUAUACGCAACAGCUGAAAACACCGGAUAUUUCAGACAAGACCACCUCAAAAUUACAAUGUUUCUAUUGAACGAUCACACUGAAGAAUAUCUUGACAUCAUAGAAUCGCUCAAGAAAUAUGAUGUCCCAAAAUUUAAGAGCAAGGCCACUGAAACAAUAAUGCGGAAGUGCCACGACAGAAUCGUAAAAAACUUCGUGAAUUAUGCUUUCUGCAUCCACCUUCCUACUUUCGCCAAACAAUUGAAGAAGGAGAUAAUUGAAGAUUUUCUAACUCAGCAGGCUGAAAAUAAGAAAAUGAAACAUUGGGUUAAAUUCGAAAACAUUAAACACUUCGUUCAAUACUUACCGAUUGACAGGAGGUUCGAAUUUGUUAGGAAACUAUUCAUUGAUAAAGAGAAAGAGGAGAAUAAAUCGGAUACUGUAAAUCUAGAAGACGACGCGUUUUGUGACGACGGUGGAGCACAACCUCGCAUGCAACUUUGCAGCAUGAAGUUGUCAUCAUCAAGGCACAUCUCGGCUAGCAAUGCUCAUAUUUACCGUUGGUAUCGCUUUGCUCCAUUUGAAUCGGCUUUUAAUGAUUUGAAAAAGUUGAUUCGCGCCGAAUCAAAUCCUGCUGAACGCACUGCUAUGCUGUCAAUUCUUUUACAUUGCACCAGACGCAAUCCACGACAUAUUCAAACUCUCUUGCAAUUUUAUCGCGAAAAGCAUAUUAAUGAACCUUUUAAGUUCAAAGUUCAAUUUGCAAACACCUUCAUAUCUUUGAACGCAAUACACCAGUUUGAUGAGAACACAUGGAAUACUCUCAAUGACAUAUUCACUAGUAUGGAAGUUUACAUAGAAUCUGAAAACAGUGUACCGUUCUGUGUAAAAGCGAUUAUAGUAUACAAACUCCUUCACAACCAAACCAUCCCUGAAAUAAUUGAAAAGAAGCAUACCUUUGAUACUUUUGAAGAUUAUCGAAAGAAGCUUAAUGAGAAAGAGCAGAAUAUACUGUUUGAUUAUUUAUAUAAUCUUGAACUUAAAAAGCUAAACAAAGAAGUUACAAAUGAAGUAGAUAUGAUUAUUACCAUUGGAGCUUUGAAUAAUAUUCUAAAACUGGUUACAGCUUGGAAAAAGAGGGUCGAAGAUUACCCUAAAAUAUUUGAGACCAUUAGGUAUUUGAUCACAAUUAAAAAGGAAAAAUCGUGGAAAACUAGCCUUUCGGACCUAUAUCAAGCACAGAAAUUACUGAGGCGAAAUCUAUUUGAAGAUUCCCUCGCUUUAAAGCAAACCGAUGAAGUGUGUGUUAACGCGCUGAAGCACGACCCUGGUCUCUUAGACCGCUACGAAGCUGAAAUUGCAGCAAUGCGCUCAAAUGACGCCAUUUCCUUGAGGAAAUCACUGGGAAAACUGAGGAUUUAUUGGGCGAACUCUUUAGCUCAAACAUGGAUUGAAGCAUACAAAAAUCAACUUGAGAAGCCGAACGGUCAUAAGGCUGCCAUAAAUGGCAUAUGCAUUCUUUUACCUCGUAAGCAGUUUUUCGAAGUGGUCGCAAAUUAUGCUCCAGUUGAAACUAAAAUUAAUUGGAGUGACACAGACGCAACACUGCUAAGCUUAAGGAAGAAUAUAGCCCAGCAAAUGCAAUUUGUUAGACCACCACCAAAUCUAGAAGGCAUUUUGACUUAUGCAAAGGAAGACUACCUUCAGUAUGCGCUGCCUUCUCUCAAUGCCAUUUUGUACAACAUGAGUUCCGCUAAUACAUCAGAAUGUAUUCAACGUCUGGUGAACGCGCCAGUUUCAUUGCAAAAACAUGGCAUACGGCUUGCGUUUAAUAAAUUGCAACUUUCCGAAAUCAAAGAUCUCAUUCAUAAUAUUUGGAAAAAUUCUAAAAACUCUUCUAUAAAAACGGUGUUGUUCAAACAAACGUAUGAUCUUUUGAUUAAAGAAAAAAAUGAAUCAAACAUCAACCAAAUUUGGGAGUUGCUCAGCAAUUUCAUUGAUAAGUUAUCACAGGAGGAGAACCGGAUUAUAUAUCUCACACUAGGUAACGUAAAAAGUUUGCCCAUGCCUGUACGACCUGCAUGUUUCGUCAAAAGUUAUUUAUAUUUGAUAUCACUCCCCACAAAAGCAAACUGUGAACCGAUCAUAAAAUCCUUAGAAAGUCAAGCUGUUGACUUUAUUGAGCUCCUGGAACCUGCUUUUGUAGAAGACGUGUUAUUGAAAUCUACAGCAGAACUUAUGGCCGAGACGAAUGUUUAUGAUAUGAAGCUUACGACAAGAGUACGACUGCUUACGUCAUACAUACUUUCGAUCAAAGAUGAAGAAACACAAUAUAAAAAAUAUGAAAAAGUUUUACACCCGGUCUUGGAGAGCUGUUAUAAGUCAUGGGGACAGAAGAAAGAUAAAUCCUAUGUGGUUAGGGGUAACUGCAAGGUUCUACUAGAACAUCUUCUAAUCUACACCAAAAAACAUACACUGAAGACGGCUACAGUCCCGGCAAAAAUGUUUAAAGACAUUCAAACGAAAAUUGUAGCUGCAUUGGCCCCUGAAGAAAAUUAUGCAAUACUGUCUUAUUGGAAUAUAACAGUUUUAUUUGUGGAAUCUGUAGCCAAGUAUUUACAUGACCUAGAUAAAGAAAGUUCAGUCGAAAAAUCUGGUGAUGAGCAGGUAAAACUGAUGAAGACAUGUUGUAUGCCGGAGGAUUGUGACAAUCAGACCAACGAUCCAGAGUGGGAAAAAGCGUGUUCAAAAAUAGCAACGCACUUCGGGGAAGCGUGCUUGAACUUUUUGAAGACAGAUAUUUCGUUCGAAAACCGAUCUAUUUUCACCAUCUUCGCUUCAUCACUAUGCGAGGUAUUCUCAAAUGUGGAUUUUGAAAGUAUUCAUCGCCUCAACACAUUCGUACCUAUGCUUGCUGACAGUAAUAUUAUAGUGAGUUACUUGGUAGUCCUCGAAGCGCUGCGAUCUACGUAUUCCUAUGGCAAGAGAAUGGAACUGAAACAAACUAUUAUGGAUAUUAUUAAAACGCACCCAUCUACAGAAGUAAAAAUACAUUACCAUGAGUCUAAAAAAUACUUUCAAGAAGAGAUGGAGUCAUUGCUGGAACCUGCUUUUGUAGAAGACGUGUUAUUGAAAUCUACAGCAGAACUUAUGGCCGAGACGAAUGUUUAUGAUAUGAAGCUUACGACAAGAGUACGACUGCUUACGUCAUACAUACUUUCGAUCAAAGAUGAAGAAACACAAUAUAAAAAAUAUGAAAAAGUUUUACACCCGGUCUUGGAGAGCUGUUAUAAGUCAUGGGGACAGAAGAAAGAUAAAUCCUAUGUGGUUAGGGGUAACUGCAAGGUUCUACUAGAACAUCUUCUAAUCUACACCAAAAAACAUACACUGAAGACGGCUACAGUCCCGGCAAAAAUGUUUAAAGACAUUCAAACGAAAAUUGUAGCUGCAUUGGCCCCUGAAGAAAAUUAUGCAAUACUGUCUUAUUGGAAUAUAACAGUUUUAUUUGUGGAAUCUGUAGCCAAGUAUUUACAUGACCUAGAUAAAGAAAGUUCAGUCGAAAAAUCUGGUGAUGAGCAGGUAAAACUGAUGAAGACAUGUUGUAUGCCGGAGGAUUGUGACAAUCAGACCAACGAUCCAGAGUGGGAAAAAGCGUGUUCAAAAAUAGCAACGCACUUCGGGGAAGCGUGCUUGAACUUUUUGAAGACAGAUAUUUCGUUCGAAAACCGAUCUAUUUUCACCAUCUUCGCUUCAUCACUAUGCGAGGUAUUCUCAAAUGUGGAUUUUGAAAGUAUUCAUCGCCUCAACACAUUCGUACCUAUGCUUGCUGACAGUAAUAUUAUAGUGAGUUACUUGGUAGUCCUCGAAGCGCUGCGAUCUACGUAUUCCUAUGGCAAGAGAAUGGAACUGAAACAAACUAUUAUGGAUAUUAUUAAAACGCACCCAUCUACAGAAGUAAAAAUACAUUACCAUGAGUCUAAAAAAUACUUUCAAGAAGAGAUGGAAUAAAUUAGAGACAUUUUAUUCCCUUCGAUAUAACUAUAAUAUUAAUCUUGUGUCACAACAGUAGCAUAUUUAACUAUUUAUUAUAUUUAAAUACAAGCACAAGUUUUUAUCAUACUAAUGAAACUGAAAAAUCGUACAUAAAUAACCAAGUCUUUAUCAAUUUAAAAUCAGCAUUUAUUAAUAUAACAAUCAGAUUACUGUAGAUGUUUUAAUUGUUGCAAUACGAUAAGA